GAGGUGGCCCUGGGUCAGGCCCAGGACUCAGCCAGGCACUCAUCCUGGGAGGAUCUCUGUCCAGCCAGCUGGCAGGUGGAAGACCUCAGGGACCCCCAUUUCCUGGCCUGGAAAAGGUCCCGUCCCCCGCCCCUAUGACCAACAUGAGCUGGAGCUUCCUGACGCGGCUGCUGGAGGAGAUCCACAACCACUCCACGUUCGUGGGCAAAGUGUGGCUCACCGUGCUGGUGGUCUUCCGCAUCGUGCUCACGGCCGUGGGUGGGGAGUCCAUCUACUCAGACGAGCAGACCAAAUUCACGUGCAACACGCGGCAGCCGGGCUGCGACAACGUGUGCUACGACGCCUUCGCGCCCCUGUCGCACGUGCGCUUCUGGGUCUUCCAGAUCGUGGUCAUCUCCACGCCGUCCGUCAUGUACCUGGGCUACGCCGUGCACCGCCUGGCGCGCGCCUCGGAGGACGAGCGCCGCCGCGCGCCUCGCCGCCGCCCGGGCCCUGGACGCCGGCCUGCCCGCGCGCCUCUGCCACUGCCCCCACCGCCGCACCCUGGCUGGCCCGAGACCGCCGGCCUGGGCGAGGAGGAGCCCAUGCUGGGCCUGGGCGAGGAGGACGAGGACGCGGGGGUGGCCGACGGCCUAGGCGAGGAGGCCCAGGCGGAGGACGCGGGCAUGGCCAAGGGCGCGGGCGCUGACGGCAAGGCUGCGGGGGCCCCGGGUCCGGCCGGGCAGCACGACGGGCGGCGGCGCAUCCAGCGCGAGGGCCUGAUGCGCGUGUACGUGGCCCAGCUGGUGGCGCGGGCUGCCUUUGAGGUGGCCUUCCUGGUGGGCCAGUACCUGCUGUACGGCUUUGAGGUCCGGCCCUUCUUCGCGUGCAGUCGCCAGCCCUGCCCGCACGUGGUCGACUGCUUCGUGUCCCGGCCCACGGAGAAGACCAUCUUCCUGCUGGUCAUGUACGUGGUCAGCUGCCUCUGCCUGCUGCUCAACCUGUGCGAGAUGGCGCACCUCGGCCUGGGCAGCGCGCAGGACGCGGUGCGCGGCCGCCGGCCGCCGGCUGGCGCUCCGGGCCCAGCGCCCCGUGCGCCGCCCGGCACGCUGCCCGCCUCACCCGCCGGCCUCGCCUGCCCCCCGGACUACAGCCUGGUGGUGCGCGCAGCUGAGCGCGCGCGCUCGCACGACCAGGACCUGGCCAGCCUGGCGCUGCAGGCGCUGCGAGAGGGGCAUGCGAUGGGUGACCGCGACAGCCCGCCGUGCCCCGGCCUCCCUGCGGCUGCUCGGGGGCCCCCACUGGCUGGCGCCCCCGCCUCCGGCUCAGGCAGUGCCACGUCGGGGGGCACGGGCCCAGGCGGGGGCCAGGCCAGGCCGGGCUCCAAGCCCAGGGCGGGCUCAGAGAAGGGCAGUGCCAGCAGCAGGGAAGGCAAGACCACCGUGUGGAUCUGACGGCCCCCCGCUGACGUGGCCUGUCCUCCCUCCAGGCCGAGGCUGGGGUGGGGGGCUGUGGGGGAAGGCCCAGGGCUGGGCGCUCAGGGCUCUCUUCUUCCUCCUCCUCCCUCUCCCUGUCUCCCCUCCCCCUCCUCCCCCUCUCUCCCCUUCCUCCGCCUCAGCUGCCCACACUCUCAGGAGGGGAGGGGGGAGCCGGGAAGGCAUUGCCCGCUGGACACCGGCCCCUCCCUGCAUGAGUCCUGGCUCUGUCCAGGGUAGGAUCUGCAAGAGCCCCUAGCUCGGAUCCCUGAAAGUGGAAGAUGUAGAUAGAAACUCCCACCUCCAGGGCCUGGCCUAGCUCACCGGCUGUGGGGGCGGUGCUGGGCCCUCUCCCUGGAGACCCUCUGGGCUCUCCGGCUGGCUUCGCUGGGUCAGGACAAUAGAUCUCCUCCCCUGCUCCCCUGUAGCAGCUCACAGAGGUCACCCAGGGUGCCUGGCUUGAGGAACUGGGGGCACUGUGCUGGGUCCCUACUCCCUGAGGCAGCAAAUGGGGCUCACUCCCCACACCCCCACCGCAACUGCAUUUCGUGUUUUGUGCACAGCUGGAAGCAAUCCUAGGUCUUUCUUGUACAGAAGGGAAACUGGGGUUGGAUGGGCCUGGCCCCUACUGGGCCCCAUGCUCUCCAUUCCCUACCUAGACAGCUGGACAGAGGCCCUGGGGUGAACAGACCACACCCUCUGGAGCCUGGGACAUCAUGGAAGUCCCGCAAAGAUGUUGGUUCACCUUCUGCCGGGUCAUGCUCCGAGCUUUGGCACUGGCCAUUCUGGGAGAAGGGGUUCUGGGGCUCCUACCUACCCCUUCUCUGGCCUCCAGUCCCCUCCCUAAUUCAUACACAGUGUCCAAAACCAAGGAAGCCAAAUAAAACUAA